ACAACAACAACUCUUGAAGAUUGAUAAUCAAAAUAAACAAAAGAAAAUUAUUGUGAAGUUCGAAGGUUUUGUCUCGAUUUAUUUCUAUUUUCCCUCUGGAGAUCCAAAAUGAAAGUUCAUUUCUGCAGUGCAUUCAUUUGUCCGUAAGAUUCACUCACAAUUCAGGACUGUGUGCAAUCUGAACAUAAUGAGUAAACGCAAAGCAUCUGUCUCAACUGAAGAGCUUGCUCGCCAAGAGAAUGUCUCUACAGAUAAGCGUGAAAAGCAAAGUACGGAGCCCAAAGUUACACUAACAGAAAACGAGGAAAGAGUCCUCAGGCUGGUUCAGAAAGGAGGUUCAAAAGGAAUCUCAGACAAUGACAUCACAAAAACAUACCCAGGCCUGUCUCCACAAGAUCAUGUCUUGAUAAUCAAUAAACUGGUUGCGAGUGGGCAAGUUGACAUUUUCAAGCAAAAAGGAAAUCUCAUGUACAAAAUAAAGGACAACUCACAAACAAGUCAAUUAAAAGGAGCCAACAUUGAAGAGAAAACUGUUUUUACCAUCAUAAAAGAAGCUGGUAAUAAAGGUAUUUGGAUUCGAGACAUCAGAAUCAAGUCCAACUUGAUUCUAACACAACUGAACAAAAUCCUGAAAUCGUUGGAAGGAAAAAAGAUGAUCAAGGCCGUAAAUUCUGUAUCAGCAAGCAAGAAAAAGGUUUAUAUGGUCUACGAUUUGGAGCCUGAUGGCUCGAUCACAGGUGGCGCGUGGUAUUGUGAUCAAGAUUUCGAAUCAGAAUUUGUCGAUGUCCUGAAUCAGCAAUGUUAUCGGUAUCUACGAAUGAAACGAGAACAGAUUGGAGACAAGCUACUUACCUAUGGGCCGGUAGAAGCGCAGAACAUGGCGUCUGCCACAGUUAAAGAUGUUUUGAAUUUCAUAACUGAAUUAGGCAUCAGUAAGAUCAACCUCUCAGAAGAAGAUAUCAAAACAAUCCUAGAAACGCUUUAUUAUGACGGGAAAAUAGAGAAGGAUCUCUUACCGAAUGGAAGUUACAGCUACCGUGCUGUUGAACUAUUGAUCUCAGCUCCAGGAUUUGUGAAAAUGCCAUGCGGAAUUUGUCCAGUGAUUAGAAAGUGCAGCAAUACCGAGGGUCUCAUCAGACCAAAGAAUUGUUCAUAUCUAACAUCGUGGUUAGAUAAGAAUGUGGACUUUUGAGUUCAAUGGAAAAAAGCUUUGAAAAGCCUUUAAGAAUUUUAAUGAACCAUACGUAAAUGUAUGGUUGCCAGAACUAGUCCAACAAAGAGCAAUACCAGCUUCAAGCGCGUGAGAAGGAUUUGUCUCAUCCUGAGUCUCGAUUCCAAGAAAAUUCAUAAACAAAACCAGUUUGUGCAUAAUCCGAACAAAAUUUCAGGAGAAUCCCACCAAAUUUUCUUAACUGCUAUGUGUAAUGCACUCACAACUUUUUCUUAAUAUCAGUUGUAGUCCUAUGAAAAUAUUUCCACUAGGCGGUGACAUAUUUUUUCAAUUAAGGUUCUAAUAACUUUUAGAAUAUCUAUCCGAUAGCAUUGCAAGAUGUGAUGGCUACCUAAUAAUUUUGCUACUCUCUCAGCUGAUAGAAAGGUGCCUGGCUCCCCUUUCAAUGGAUGCAAUUCUAGCAAUGUCCUAAGUGUUUUGUUCUGUGAUUUGAACUUAGUUAAUUUUUGUUUCUCUUCUUGAAGUUGGAAACUAAGUAGGGAUUUUAUUAGAAGCAAAGUGGGCACUAGCACAAUAUAGCUGUGGACUAGUCUUACGCAGUGGGAAUUCAAGUUGCCAUGUAUUCUUAUGGGGAAAUCCCAUUUUUCUAUGCACAAGUUUUGCUCGUGAGAGGAGAAAUGAAAGGUUUUUAUGGAUGAAAUAUAUUUACAGCUGGUAACUUGUGUCUCAAUUUUCAGGGUGUCCCUCUAGGAAAGUUAUGGUGAGAAUGAUCAUUAUGCAAGGUUGCCAGGUUAAUCAAGGAAAAUCUGCACUUUUUAUAUGAGUUUAAAUGGGGGAAAAGUGCUGACUGAACUCAGCACUAUCUGGCAAGAAUGUCAUCCUGCCAGCAACAUUCAUAUUUUCAGAUAGCAUGAUAGUUGAAUAAAUGCAUUUGUUAAAAACGGAAGCCUUUCCAAACCAUAUAGUCUCAAUUCAGUGUAAAGGAAACGUAUCAAGACACAUAACUUAGACUUGUUUCAAAAUUAUGUUGUACGUACCAUGCAGGUACUUUAGCCGGGUAAUCUACCUAUUUUAUACCGGUAUUAUAUUUCACACUUAUCGGGUGCCUCUUGGAGUCUUGAAUCCAUAACACCCAAUUGAUCACAUUAUUUUCUUCAUCAUGUGACAUCCUAUAAUAUUUCUUCAUCUUCAAUUUUAAUCUGAUCUCAUACUAGGAAAAUUUGUUAUCUUUAAUUUAAAUCAUAAUGUUUGAGGUAGUUUGUUACCUCACUCAAGCCUGUCCACGUUUUUUUAUAAUUAUUUUGGUGGCCAAAGUGCAAAACCACAUAUCCCCAUUGCGGUGUUUCUAUAUUUCCGCUCUUAUUUUAUCUAUUUGAGAAGAAAAAAGCCUACUUUACAGCUUGAAACUUUUACAGAAUGUUCUACCAACAAAGAAAAAAAAUCAAGGGAGUUUUUAAGAAAUUAUGUUGGCUAGUUUUCCAAAGGAAAUAUAAUGUAUGACAGGAAGUUUGCAAUGUCACAAAUGGAGAUAAGUGGUUUCGUACUUUGGCCAUUGAUCUGCUUUUCUAUCUUUCUAAGUAAGUGACAAUAUUGAAGAAUAUCUUAGAUGAAGGAGGUUAAUGACAGUUUUUAAAAAAUUGGGGUAUGUAUCACUCAUUUUGUGUAAUCUGUGUGAAAAAAAUUGAAUUCUGAGCUCAGUUCUUCAUUUCAAGUUUGUGGUCGAAAUUCAUUUAAAGUCACAAGCUUUCUCGUGAUAUUUCAUUUUUUUUUCAACUCUCUCUGGUAAUUACAAGAUUGUCGUUGACCUCCUUCGUUCAAAUUUAUCCUUCUUUUCUUAAUUUGAUAGACGUACUGUAUUUUCAAUGAGCUCAAACAAGUCCGCAGCUCUCCUUACCACUCAUUUAGCAAAUAAGAUUGUCAUGGAAUCGGUACAUUUUACAACCUUUCUCAGUUUUUCCUUCGACCGUGCUAGAAUUUUAGCCCCGUUUGGUACAAUUUUAAUUGUGCCCUUUUAGUCUUGUUUUAGUAAGUGUUAAUUCAUUUAAACUCAUAACCUUUGUGGAAAAGUGUCUAGUGUUGCACACUAAGUUACGGUUUCGAACAAAAAAGGAACUUGGUAUUUUUCUCCCUCCUCUUUUCAAAUUUAAACAAAAAACUAUACUAUGUGGUUCCUUAUUCUUUUUUAGCAUCGAAUUACAGUCCUUUUGUGCUCCCGGUUUAGCAGUUAGAACGAAACAAAUGUGACCCAAAUCUGUUUUAAAAGGUAGUUGCACACCCAGAGGGAAAGUGUACCUGAUGAAGAAGAUCAGUAAUGAUUUGUUUUCCAAUGUAAUAACAAUGGUUUUUUUAUUUUAUUGCGGUCAAGGAAAGGGUUUCAACUUUUCUUUAAAUAAGAUUGUGUCGAAGGUGAUGAAUGUAAAUACAGGUCAACAUUUUAAAGACAAAAAAUUUUAGUAAAUAAUGUUUUUUUUUUUUUUUUUUUUUUUUAAUGAAAAUAUUUGUAUUGUUAGUGAUGAAUCCAGACAAGCGCCCAGAAAUGCGCAUUGAGCUGGCUCUCAUCCCCAGAAGAUGAAAAAAAUGUGCUUCAUGUUUUUAAUUUCUAACGACUAUUCGUAAGAAAAACUCAAAGGUCCUAUCAGUUUUUAUCAGCUUUUAUCAAUUCUAUUUAUUUUUUACACGCUGGAUACGGCAAUGGCUGCACGAUCAGGACUUAUGCCUCAGUUAAAGGAAGAUAAAGAGGAAAAAGUAAUAAUUCUGUAAAAAUAUUAAUCAAUUUAUUACUUAAUUUUUCAUUUUUGAUCUCGUACUUGUGUUGUGAGAAACCUCAUUUAAAAUAUGUUGAAGACCUACGGUGUUGGUAAUGAAAAAUUUAAGAUAAUUAAAGCACAGUGAACAAACUAAAAAUUUUAGAAUUCAACUGGCUUAUAAGAGAGAGAGUGGAUCUGCUGAGAUAAGUACGCCAAGAUGUUCCUGCCUAUGCAUUUUUAUUUUAACCACACUGAGUCGCCAACGGUAUUCUAAAAUCAAGGUUUCACAGCAUUUGGCAUGUGUAUACCAAGAUAUCAUUUGCAGUUUUUGUAUGUUGAUUCAACUUCUUGCUCUCUAAAAAAAUCUGGAAUUCUGGUAUGGGUAGUAAGAUAUAUUUGUUAGUUAAGUUUGUAAUUUUAAGAUUUUACAACUUGGUGUACACGUGCAGAAUUCCAGCAAACCAAAUUAAUGCAAAUUCAAUUUACCUUUUUGUGGGACGAGAAAAAAUGUAGGGGAGUAACUCGUGAAAAAAAAGCAUCACUGCAUUAUCCACUUGCUUUAUUGUACAAAAUUAAAUGGUGCACCAUGCUGUCUAAACUUAUCAAAGUUAGGAAUUUCACCGGCUUUUAACUUUGUAUCAGCUUACGAAUAAAACUUCAUUUGAAUUUU